GGGUGGUCAGUGCGUCAGGCGGAUGGAAACAUGCGGGACCUGAUGGCCAGCAGCUGGAGGAAGUUUGGCCAUGCUGGCAGGGGGACAUAUGAGUGGUUAACGAGUGAACCCAGCCUACCUCUUCUGGAAACCCAGCUGCAGGGCACCCAGAAGACAAGUUCCACCAGAGACGACGUGGAGCCCUUCCUGUGCAUCCUACUUCCAGCGACCAUCCUGCUCUUCCUGGCCUUUCUGCUGCUUUUCCUGUACCGCCGCUGCAAGGCCGCCGGGGCCCAGGGGCAGGUUUUCGGCCCCGACGCCCCGGAGCGCCCCGCCGCAGGGGAGGCCACGGACGCCCUGCCAGGCUUCCCCUGGAGCGGCGAGCAGGCCCUCCCCUACUCCCCGCCGCCCCGGGACACGGCCCUCCCCUCCGCGGGCCUGCCCCCCUCCUACGAGGAGGCCACCAGGAAUCGCCCCGGGGCGGCGGCUCUGGAUGUGGCCCGCCCUGGGCAGAGGGCUCCCCCCGCCGAGAGGGGCAAACAAACUGCUGCCGGGCUCCCUUCCGAGCCCAGCUCGCAGCCCCUCCCGGAGCGCGCCCGGGGGGCCGAGCGGGGCCUCCAGACCUAA